AUGUCCACCAAAGCUGAAAAUGCCCGAGCCUACAUUCAGGCAGUUGAGAAGUGCCUCGGGAAUUGUUUUGUGUUGAUCGGCGGGGCGGCGAUGCAGCUGCUUGGGAGCAACAGAACAACAAAUGAUGUCGACAUUCUCGUUUCUGCCAAAGAAAACAUAUCCACGCUGAUCAGUGUGCUGGCCGACCAGCCCGGCUUUUCCAACAUCGGAGGGGGACUUCGUUUUGGUGGUGGUGAAGCUGUCACUAUUGACAUCCUUACGAAACUGUGA